GUUCGGGGUUUUUUCAUUUGUGUCUGUUAUUAAUAAUGUAGUUAUUGCAGCUUUUCCAUUGAUGUCUCACGUGUCCUCCUAUCUACUGGUGUCGCUGUUCAGUGUCAGUGAUGCGUCUUUCUUCUUCCGGCGAGUUCUUGAGCGCCUCACACCCGCCCCUCUCUCAUGGACAAAAUGGAAGAAGCAUUGAGUGUUUGUGUAUUUGAAUGCAGAAGAUACUAUUAUUCUGAGUGCUGAGCUGAAAAGUACAAACUGGACCAUCCUGAAAAAGUUCUGUGAAAGCACAGAGUACGAUGGAUGAGGAAGGUUCCAUCUAUAAGGAGAAGACCUGGGGUUUCCGACGAAGCACCAUUGCCAGGCGGGAGUUCUUGGAAGCCGUUGGCACCAUGCUCAACAGCCCUCCCUCCCCACACCACGGUACCCGGCAGUCCAGGGGUCGAGGCAGGGGUCGUGGCAGGGGAAAACAUGUCACUGAGGCUGGUGUGAUUUCUGCUGCCCCAAAACAGGGUCGUGGGGGCCGAAGACGUGCACCACACUCUGUGCUUGCCCCUUCUGAAGAGAAAUCUAACGAGGAUGAAGCUCGUGGUGUGACAGAUGGGCCUCAGUGUGUUGUAGCCGAGCUGAAAUCGGGUGAGAAAUCCAUCAGUGGGGAAACUGUUUCAGAUAGAGCUGAAGACAGCGAUGAUCUCAGUCUCCAAGAGAUUCGGAAACGGGCCAUUUCUCGGCGACUGGAGGAACUUGGACAUGAAGAUAAUGGGAAAGACACAGAAUGCGCUACAGGAGGCAUACAGCUGGGGAGACAAGAUGAUGUUAACAUGUUAUAUGGCACGGAUUUUGGAGGUCAAACUGCAGCUAAAAGAGCAAAGAUAGACUGUGCUGAGGAAGACUGCACUGAUAACAGCGAGGAGGCCCGUGAGAAGAUUGAUGGGGAUGUUUUGUGCUGUAUAUGUCAACAGACAAUGAAAAACCGGUUUCUGAUCUGCUGUGAUUCUUGCCGGAAGUGGCACCACACUGACUGUGUUGGCAUCAGUGAGGCUCACGGUCGUCUCUUGCAGAAGAAUGAAGAACAAUACACCUGCUCCACAUGCUCUGAAGACGAUAACAUCACCAGGAAAAUCAGAAACGCUAACAAAAUCAGCACGUUUACUGCGAUUGUGGCAGAAACAUUGGAGGAACAGAAGACAGUAGAGCACGAGAUGAAGGUGGAGGAAAAGGUGAAUGAGGUGAAAGAGGAGAUAAUAAUGUUGGAGGAGGUGAAGGAUGCCCAUCCUAAAUGUAUUGGCCCGGGCUGCAGUAAUAAUGCUCUGCCAGAAUCUGUGUACUGUGGUCAUCGGUGUAUUGUGCAGCAUGCGGCCAUGGCCAUGAAGUGUCUCUCUGAAGCCAAACCUGCCCCUCUGCCUACAAAACCGUUACUCAAGAGCCAGAAACGAUCAUUUCUUGCAAAGCUUUUCAAGGUGAAGAUUGGCGAGAUUCCACCAAGUGAAGAAAAACCAAACACACAGGAAAUGGUGAUAGAGGAGUCAGUGGAUUGUGCCGAAGUUACUGUCCCUGAGCAACAGCCAUCAGCUGCUACUAUUGAGGAAAAACCCACCCCAUAUGCAACAAACUGUCAUGCACUGUGUAUUCUGACGCCUGUCUAUCAGAACCAGCAUUAACUUUAGCAAUUUGAGCUACAGUAGCUCGUCUGUUGGAUCGAACCACAUGGGCCUGCCUUCACUCCCCACCUGCAUCAGUGAGCCUUGUCCCACCCAUGACCCUGUCGCCGGUUAACUACUUUUCCUUCCUUGGAGCACUUUUGGUAGAUACUGACCACUGCAGACCGGGAACAUCCCACAAGAGCUGCAGUUUUGAAGAUGCUCGGACCCAGUCGUCUAGCAUCACAAUUUGGCCCUUGUCAAACUUGCUCUAAUCCUUACACUUGAUCAUUUUUCCUGCUUCUUUGAGGACAAAAUGUUCUCUUGCUGCCUAAUAGGUAGGGCUGGGCGAUAUAUUGAUUUUUAAAAUAUAUUGAUAUAUUUUUUCAAUGCGAUGCGGGAUUAGACAAUAUCGUUAAUAUCGAUAUGGGGUGUGUUCGACUUGAAGGUAUGGUGUCUGGACAUGCGCAGUACCCAUGUGCAGAGUGAGCAGAGCACUCUCGCUCUGCACACGAACUGGACAGACCCUGCAAUUUACAUGUUUUAAACAAGUGGUGUGCAGCUGUAUGCAGGGUUUUUCCUGCAUAGAGAAAUUGUCGUGUCAAAUGUCGUGCCGCCUCAGGCUCUCGCCAAAAUUAUGUUGUGAGUCUUCACAAGAAAAUGCUGCGUGCAUUUAACAGACUGUCAUUUGUAACUGCAGUUGCGACAUUACGCCACAGUGGAGGCGCUGUUUCGUUAUCAGCACACUGAGGCGCUAAAAAGAGUUGCAGAACAAGAGGCAGUCGGCGUUUCAUGGCUGUUUGUUUUGCAUCCAAGUACGUUUAAUGUCUUGAAAUUUCUUAAAUUAACAUGACGUACAUCAUUGUAAUGUCUUUAGCUGUGCAGUUGGAUCGUUGAAUCAGCAUAUACUGUACACAGCGAGUUCGCCAGUAUGAACACACAUUGCGUUCAGAACGACUCGCACACGAAUGACUCAUUUGAACGGAUUCAUUUAAACUAUUGAACUUUUCAGUCACUGGCAAAUAUAAGAGAUCAUUGAAUCAUUUACAGUGAACCACAGAGAAUGAAAGAUGUGAAUGAGCUUUGCUCAUUUUGAAAGACUGGUUAAUUCAGUUAUUGUGGGCUGAAAAGUUAGUUGAAAACAGUGUUAAUUUUGUUGACGAAAACUACGACGAAAAGUAUUCGUUAACGACAUGUUUUCACUGAUGAAAACGAGAUGAUAACUAAAUAAAAAUGAAUGCAUGAUAACGAAAACUGUAAUAAAAAUAUACUGACAUUUUCGUCAACUAAUAAAAACGAGACGGCGGACAUCAGUUUGCGCGCAUGUGCUUA